CCGCCGGGAGCUGUCGCAGCGCGGCUCUCCCCGCAGACCGACCGCAGGGCGGCAAUACGAGACACCCCACGUGGGAGCCGGCAGCCUGGGGAGCGUAGGACAGACAGAGCAGGCGGAAUCCCCGUGCUGUGCUUGCUGCUGCCCGACUGGCAAGUUGGGACAACCCUCUGCGACAGGACAGCGUUGUGACUGCAGCUGCAGAGAAUGGGCACUUGAGAAAACUUCUAGUAGAGGAUCUUGCUGAAAAUGAGAAAGCGUAUCAGUAUUUUUGUUAGCAUCAUAGAAUCGUUUGAGUUGGAAGAAACCUUUUAAAGAUCAUCUGGUCCAACACCCCUGCAGUGGGAAGGGACACUUGCAGCUAGAUCAGGUGCUCGGAGCCCUGUCUGACCUGACCUUGAAUGUCUCUAGGGAUGGGACAUCCGCCACUUCUCUGGGCAUCCUGUUCCUGUGCUCUUCCCCACUUCAUCUGUAGUGAAGGCAUCGUGAUAUAACCUUAUUCCAAACAUUCCCUGAGAUGGGUGGUACUGGGAACUGGAAGCUACCAAAAGCCAUCCAGUUUUUCAUCGCGGUACCUGGAGUGCUCCCAGAGGAUGUUGAAGCCACAUGGGUGCAGACGUCAAAAAGCGCGUGGAAGAUAGAGAUACCCUAAAGCUGGAUGUGAGGCAUAGUUUUGCUUUUGCCAUCUGGAUGAACGGGACUUUUUCUUCACUCAGAGGAUGUGUGAUACGUAUGAAGAGCUUUCAGAGUGAAAUGUAACCCUAUUAUAAUCUGUACCCUAGGCAGGUGCAAGCUUGCUUAAAACCUGUGGAAUAACCUUGAUUCUCCAGGGUUGGUACAGUAGGCCUCACUAAACUUAGCUGCAACUAAGAAUUUCUCCUACAUCAACUGAGUUAAGGCUGAUGCUCUUGUGGAAUGUGGAUUAAAAGUGCGUGCUAAGUUCCAAAUUUCCAUUUGAGAAGCGGAGAAACUAAAUGUACCACAACCACCAGCAUCAGGACAGCAAACCAAGGGACAAAGAAUUUGAUCCGCAGUGUUGAUACAUGUUAACUGGUUCACGUGUUGCUUAAGAGACGUUUGCUGGGGGGCGAGAAGUGGACGUCAGCUGUGCGAAGUCAUUUUGUUUACAAAAAUGAGGGCUUCUUUGGAAACAGCAGACAUUGCCAUUGUGGCGCUGUACUUCGUGCUUGUAAUGUGCAUAGGUUUUUUUGCCAUGUGGAAAUACAAUCGGAGCACCGUAAGUGGCUACUUCUUGGCAGGGCGUUCUAUGACCUGGGUAGCGAUUGGUGCAUCUUUAUUUGUGAGCAAUAUUGGAAGUGAACAUUUCAUUGGGCUCGCAGGAUCUGGAGCGGCAAGUGGAUUUGCAGUAGGUGCAUGGGAAUUCAACGCCUUAAUGCUUUUGCAGCUUUUAGGAUGGGUCUUUGUCCCCGUCUACAUCCGGUCAGGAGUGUACACCAUGCCAGAAUACUUGUCCAAGCGUUUUGGAGGGCAUAGAAUCCAAAUCUAUUUUGCAGCAUUGUCUCUAAUUCUUUAUAUCUUCACCAAACUUUCAGUUGACUUGUAUUCAGGGGCACUUUUUAUUCAAGAAUCGCUAGGUUGGAAUCUCUAUUUGUCAGUAAUCCUCCUUAUUGGAAUGACUGCGCUGUUGACUGUGACCGGAGGUCUUGUGGCUGUCAUCUACACAGACACCCUUCAAGCUCUGCUUAUGAUUAUUGGUGCCCUCACACUUAUGAUCAUAAGUAUUAUGGAGGUUGGUGGGUUUGAAGAAGUUAAAAGAAGGUACAUGUUAGCAUCACCAAAUAUUACGUCUAUCUUGUUAACCUACAACAUUUCCAAUACCAAUUCCUGCAACGUGGACCCAAAGCCCGACGCUCUUAAAAUGUUGCGUGAGCCAGCAGAUGAAGAUAUUCCCUGGCCUGGAUUUCUGUUGGGACAGACUCCAGCAUCUGUCUGGUACUGGUGUGCUGAUCAAGUCAUAGUGCAGAGAGUUUUAGCUGCAAAAAACAUUGCUCAUGCCAAAGGAUCCACUCUGAUGGCAGGCUUCUUAAAGUUACUGCCAAUGUUUAUUAUAGUUGUCCCGGGGAUGAUUUCACGAAUACUGUUUGCAGAUGAUAUCGCCUGCAUUAAUCCAGAACACUGUUUUCAAGUCUGCGGGAGCAGAGCUGGAUGCUCUAACAUUGCCUACCCACGUUUGGUGAUGAAACUUGUGCCGGUUGGUCUUCGGGGACUGAUGAUGGCUGUGAUGAUUGCUGCACUGAUGAGUGACCUGGACUCUAUAUUCAACAGUGCCAGCACCAUAUUCACGCUUGAUGUCUACAAGCUCAUUCGGAAGAGUGCAACGUCUAGAGAACUGAUGAUUGUAGGAAGAGUCUUUGUGGCAUUCAUGGUAGUUAUAAGCAUUGCCUGGGUCCCCAUAAUUGUUGAAAUGCAAGGUGGUCAGAUGUACCUUUAUAUUCAAGAGGUAGCAGACUAUCUGACCCCACCGGUGGCUGCUCUGUUUCUUAUGGGUAUAUUUUGGAAGCGUUGCAAUGAACAGGGAGCGUUCUAUGGCGGAAUGGCUGGGUUUAUCCUUGGAGCGAUACGGUUGAUACUGGCAUUUAUCUAUCGUGCUCCGGAGUGUAACCAGCCAGAUACUAGGCCAAGCUUUAUCAAAAGCAUCCAUUACAUGUAUGUUGCUACAGCUCUGUUCUGGAUCACUGGAAUUGUGACCUUUAUAGUGAGCCUUCUUACACCUCCGCCUACAAAGGAACAGGUUCGAACAACCACUUUCUGGGCUGUGAGAAACAGGAAUGUAAAAGAGAAUACUGCAAAGGGGGAGCGGUACAAAAUACAAGAAAAGAACAUCUUGAGGUGCAAUGAAAAUGCUAAUCAUAUCAUUCCAAACGGCAAAUCUGAAGAAAACAUUAAAAAUAUUAAGCCUGAGGAUAUCAAUCUUCUGGUUACUUGCAGAGAUGACAGCAACCCGGUGAUUUCUGUAAGUCACUCUGAAGUCGAGACACCAGUUGAUUGCUAUUCGAAUGGACAAGCGGCUUUGAUGGGGGAGAAAAAGCACGAGGAAGAAACUGAUGAUAGAGAGAGACAUUUGAAAUUCAUAGACUGGUUCUGUGGCUUUAAAAGUAAAAACAUGAACAAGAGAGCCGUUCGGGAGAUGGAGGAAGAGACUGUUUGUUUACAAAUGCUGGAAGAGACUCCAAAAGUUAAACUAUUACUAAAUACUGGACUGGUCUGUGUCUGUUCGCUUGGAAUAUUCAUGUUUGUCUAUUUCUCUUUGUGAGUGAAUAGUGAACUUUUAAGGGUAUGGCUAAACAUACAGAAGUAGAUACAGGUCUCUGGAGAUUUUUUUUAUUAUUAUUUUUAUUUUUUCCAAAAAACAUAACUGCAACCCAGGCAUUGUUUACGCUAUAAUGGUAAAAUCAACUCAACUUUAGCCUAUUUAGAGACCAUUUGAGACAUGUUGUCCUAUCUGCUGAACGCAGGAUGUGUUGUGUGGUGUCUCUCUCCCUUUUUCUUCCUCCCUCUCCCCUCGUUUGCAGUACUAAUCUUUUCUUUUUUCCAUGUACACGUGUGUAAAUAUACCAAAGGUGGGCAGGUGGCUGUGUUUGAAGUCAGGCAGUUCUAGAGUUCAGUCAACAUUAAGAUGAAGAUAACAAGUAAUCAUUUACCUUUGUGUAAAAUCUGAAAUGAUUAAAGCUAUGUCGAAAGAUUUUAAAUGCAAAGUUGUGAUGCACAUCAUUGUAUCGUUGUUCUUUGUAACGUAGCUGUGUUAUCUUGGCCAACAGAAUACUUAUUAAUUUUGCUCAUCACUUCCAGUGUUCUCAGCUUCUCAGUUCUCUUAUGGCAACAACAGAAUGAUACUUUUCUUGUAGUAAUUUAAAAUGUGAUAUCUGUUAGUAGCUUUCUGUUGUUCUUCCCUGUAAGGAAAUGUUUAUCUUUUGAUCUUUAUCCUUUGUAAAUUGCAGUACUGAAAAGCUGUUAUAUUUAAAGCAAAGAAACCCUGGAGAUGACAAACUGGCAAUGGAAGAGAGAGGAAGGGGGGGAGGGUGAAAAAGGGUUCUCUUCAUUGUGAUUUUAUAGUAUACUGAAGUAGAAGAAUAUACAUUCAGUGCUGACAGUCCACAAAACUUCAGCCUUAUAUUGUCAUUGACAUAAUUAGGGUUUACCUCUUUUUAGAGAAAAAUCUAUAUAUAGGCUCUACCACAUGGGAGAAAGAGAAAUGUGAGACUUCACGUGUCUAAAGUUUAGUAAACACACUAAAAUAUAACUCUUUUUUUCCUCCAUGACGUUUGUCUAAAAGGGAAUGCUCCGCAGCCUUACUGCUGCUGUAUGCUGAGUCUGGAAGGGGAGAAAACAAAGGCGGAGGGGAAGGGGAGGUGAGGGAAAGAGGUGGAAGGUCCCUGUUUUCCAGAGUCACAUCCAGGCUGCCUUUGGAACUAACUCCUGCAGCAAUCUUUGCUCCUGAGCUUGUCUGGGGAAUUGUUUGGGAGAGCCUAACUGGCCAGGCUGAAACAGUGUGAGGGGCCAUGCCAACAAUAUCCAGUGUGCUUUAAGGGUCCAGAAAUGUUUCCUCUGCACAGUCAAAUUUCUUAAUAAACUUGAGAACAAAUAGUUCUGUAGAGAUGAACUUUGGGUUAAUCUUGCCGUUGACUGCUGGAAACAGUUUGCUUUCCAGUACACUGGGUCCUGUAAACUGCAGGCUGUCUAAAUAGCUUUUAGCAAUAUGAUGUAUGAUGUAUAUUUUCAGGUAAACCGAUUAAUGUUGGGUUUUGUGGAGGAUUCUUUUGUUUGUUUUGAAAUCAGUUGACUCCCCUUAGCUCUGAGACUUUAGUCAGAGGACGAGAUGUCUCACCUUUCUCCACUUCAUUUAGUUGUUGCUGCUGUGAAGUAGGAUACUCUAACUGGAAGUACAGUAGUGUCUGAACCCUGUUGGAAUAUAUCUAGGAGAGGAGAGUUACCAUACCUUGGUGUAAAUACACAUUUUCUUGCAGUUUGUGGCUCACUUCAUUCAGAAAAAAAAUAUUUUAAAUCUUUCUUAAUGGUAAAAUUCUAGUAAAUGAAGUUUGUUCAAGGAAUCUCAAGUUAAUUCAUUAGGGGGCUGAGUUGGGAAUGAUGAUACUGUAUGUAAAAGACAUAAAACAUCAUUAAAUGAUUCUAUGCAGGAUAAAAUAAUCUAGGACAGGACUUGCCUGAUGUUAGUGGAGUGAAAAAUGACUUGUAGGAUGAGAAUGAGCCUCAGACUAUCAAUAUUUUCUUGAAAAGCCUAGGUUCUAGUGUGCCAGAUUUGGCGCAGGGAAAGAGAGACUCACGUGCCAGGCACUGUCCCUUACUAACUAGGCUUGUCUUUCUAUCAGCAGCUGGUACUUGGGUUUUCCAGAGCAGUCUUUUUGGCUCUAAUACUAACAAAUGCAUUACCACCUAACCUGUGCAGUUAGGUUAGCUCAGGGACCCUUCUGCUUGGCUGCCCUUGCUUCGUCCUUGCUUACUUUUUUUCCAGGGUGCCUUAUGUAGUUAUGAAGCUGAAGGCAUGGCUUUUAGUGCCACCUAAAUAGCAAUUUGCUUAUAAUGUGUUUUCCCAGGUUGUUUUUCCCUCCUCUUUCCCCAAGUCAUUUGCUAUUUAAACAGAACAGAGUUCUGUUUAAAUAGUCGAUACAUGGGAUGCAUGUCUCCUGGUCAGUAUAACUGCAGUCAGAUCUGUGGUGAAAUCGAUCCUUUGAUCAUCAUAUGGAGUCAGAAUCUUUCCCAAAUGGACAGUGCAGCCUUUGACUGUUGAAUCUGAGAUACUCAAUAUGCCUGUUAAUACAUUCUUACUUUUGCUGAACUAACAAGUUGCCAAAUCGAUAUAAGUGAUAAUUGGCAGGCAGUUAGAGUCUUCAUGAAGUAAUACUCUCACCAUUUAAAGGGUUAUUGUGAAGAAGCUUUUUAGCAAAUUGUUUAUCUGGUGGUUUUUUUCUCUUAAGUCAUUUACAAACGUUUCUAUGGUACUCUCUGCCUAAUGUCGGCCUCCUUCAUGUGCUGUUCCCAUGUCUUAGAGGUCAUAGAACUUGCCUGAUACUCUUUGCUACAUGUAACCACUUAGUAAAAUCCCUUUAUCCCCCCCCAAAAUUUAAGGCUUCAAGCAAACUGUUGGUGAGCAAAUGCCUCACCUGUUGUUAGAGACUACAGUGUUAGAAGUUGCUCGAGGGGUUUUUUUUUAUAGCGUAAACAUGCCUUUGCUGAUUUUCUGGUCACGAUCUGCCUACAAUCCUGGUUAAUACGCUUGGGUCCAAACGCCAACUUUUUGGUCUGGUAGAACUGCAGUUCAUCCCGUAAUGGACAGUUGGUUCCAUACAUGUUAAUGACUGGCCUCCUCUGAGGUGGGACUGGCUUAGCUGCGCAGGGGCAGAGCCAGGGGGAUGCUUGGCUUCCCUCUCUGCAGCAAGGGGUUUAUUUAUUGCCUUGAACUUAGAAUGGCAGUCUUGAAGAAGUCGUUUUGGAACUACACCUUUUUUGUUGUUAUUACCCUUAACUUAUUAACUGUUAAGAUAUCUGAGUCUUCUCCCAGAAAUCUGUUAGAGGCCUUUUAUUUUAAAAAAGGAGAAGAAAAGACAAGCUAAGAAGAAGGCGGCUUCUUAAGAGCUUAGUAGUACAUUCUGGGAGACUAUUCUUAUUUAAUUUUUCUUUUUAAAUGAAUGAUUUGAUGCUGUUCUCUGCCAAAGUUUUUUUUUUUUUAAUGAUUUUUUUUUAAUUAUUACUUUUGCUGUUCUUCUUUUUUUGUUGUUGUUGUUGCUUUUCUUGUUAGCUUUUGCUAAUACCUGAAAGGAAAUGGCGAGAGUUUGUAAGAAAUUAAAAAUGGCCUUCAGUAUACCACUCGUGUAUUCUUUACUUCUCCAAAUCUGUGUUUCACCCUUGUCCCAGAAGGGCCAGCAUGAGACUUCUGAUGCAAGUCAUGAGAGUACUGUAACUUCGUAGUGAAAAGGAUUUCCCACAAGGUUACGGUGAACGGGCAGAGCCAUCAGCGGAUCUCUGCAUGAACACUUAAAGCAGAAGCUGCUUACAACUUUAAAACGUACAGCUUUAUUUUUUUUAUAUAUAUAUUUUUUUAAAUCCCGAGAUAAAGGAGGUGAUGGGGCACGGUCCCUUUUAGAGAACAGGAUGCGUGGGAGAGGUUGGAGCUGAUGUGCUCUGACGCUUUCGAGGAAACCUUUGGAUUUAGCAUGUAUAGCAAAGCAAGAAGAAAUGCUCACCUGUUAAUUUGGUAUUCUGUAUGUUCUGUGCCCUUAAAUGUAAUUGUUUUGAAAAUAAAACUAACCUUGUUACGUGAUGUUAAAAAGCAAACUUGUGUGCAAUGUUUUAAAUUUUUUUUUUUUUUUUUUAAGAAAAUGUUUGUAUAUAAUUAAAUGGUUUAAUGUGCUUUAAUUGGCCUAAGGUAAAGAGUAGUCCUAGAAUGUAAACAUAUAUAAUUAGAAUUUCUGAUUUCACUGUGAGAUCUCUGAACUCUCUUGUUUUGCGAAGUGGUUUGUUUUGUUUACAAAACACUUUCAGUUAUUUCUUUUAUGGUGUUGGUUCAAAGGCAUUUGCUUCAUUUCUGUUCUACUAUUGAAUUCAUGGUAUAGUGACAUCUGGUGACACUUAGCAUUAUCAGUUUCACUGUGUAAAGUCAGACACUUUGAGCAAAAAUGGUAAUGAUAUGACAAUUCUCUGUGUCUAUGAAUACACGUUUUUAAAUGAGGUGGUUAUAAAAAUAGUUGCUGUGCAAAAUGUUAGUAGUCUUCUUCAAGAAGAAAGCAAAUUUUCUAAUAUCACUAGAGCAGUCUCUUCAUUCAUCUUCUUAUUUUUGAAGCACAGUGUCAAAGUGAUGCUGCUUUACCUUGUAUUUCUGAUAUAAUGUUUUUUUAGAUAUCUGUGAGGUAUUUUUGGGUUUUUUUUUUUGUUGCUAUUGUAUUUUUCUGCAGAUUUUAUAUAAAAUACCAGUUAAUGAACUGCCUUUUUUUUUUUUAACUAUUCAACUAAAAGACAUUUCAGACCAAAACCAAAUGAUAUGAUAUAUAGCAUUUGAAAUCUGCCUUUUUUCCUUGUCCCUUGGUUUUUCUUUUUCUUUUUGUUUUUCAUUUGUUUGUUUGUUUUGAAAUAAGCCAAAUGGGCAUGUAGAUAAGAUCGCUAUAAUGGAUCCAGGUCUCUUUUGGUAAAGUGUUAUUUAAAGGUCUGUUAAGAUCUUAUAAGACAAUAUACUGAUAAAAAAAAAUUAUUGUAGUAGGAAUAUAGUUUUAGAAGUGUUAAUGAGAUUAAUACAGCUUAAUUAUACUUGUAAGUUGCUACUGUCCAUAAUGACAAGCUUUUUGUCAUAGAAACGAUGUAUGAUAAAUUAAUUUUGGUCUAGUGUAUAGAAUUAUCAUAUUGCUAUAAAUCUUUGAAGUAAAUCUGAUGCAAAAUUUUCAUAGUUAGCAUUGCUGGCCCUGUGUAUACUGUUCUUUGUAUACUGUAUGCAUAUUAUUUCGCCUACUGCAUUAGUCUUCAAACUAAAACUCUUAUUAGAGAGUAUUUGGAUACUUCAGACUGUGUUUCUUGCAGUUUACAUUCCUUUACCAUGGCAUUUUUGUCCUGUCUAAAAGUAUUGUAUGGAAAUGUUUAAAACUUCUGUACAAAGUUUCAAUAAAAAUAGAGGAAAAACAA